GUUCUGUACAACUACAGGAUUAUUCUGCGCGUGUGUAAUUGCUACUCGAUCGUUAAAAAGAUUUACAAGUGCUUCCUUCGGUGGAUUUAAUUUGUAAUAUAUAUUUUAGAACAAUUGAAAAAUCAAACGAAGGACAGCUCGUUGGGAAAGAAAGGAAAUAGGAAAACGGGGAAAGAGCAUCGCGAUGAAUCGUGUUAAGAAACUCCUAUCGAGCAAAGAGACUCGUGAUUACUUCAUGAGCACGCAUUUCUGGGGACCAGUAGCUAAUUGGGGUAUUCCAAUCGCUGCGAUCGCCGAUAUUCGAAGAGAUCCGGAAUUCAUCAGUGGGAAAAUGACACUUGCAUUGUGCUUGUACUCUGCAAUGUUUAUGCGAUUUGCACUGAAGGUUCAACCGCGGAACUUGCUUCUGUUUGCCUGCCAUUUUGUUAACGAGGGAGCACAAUUGACUCAGGGUUUUAGAUUCAUUAAACAUCAAUUUUCACCUAAGAAAGAGUAAUAGCCAAAUAACAAAUAUUUAGGGAUCCUUACGAAUUACAAAUAUUUGUAAACCUUGGCCAAGUUAGAUCGUAUAAUGUACAUUAUUGUAAUUCAUGAUUAUUUAUAAAUACAAUUUAAGGACAACCCUAGUUACUUUUAGAAUGAAAUACAAGUGUAAAUAUAAUAAUGAAUUGUUCCUUUCCUCCAAAUACAAAUUUGAGUACGCAAGAAUAAAGUUCCAAACAUUAAUAAGAAUAGUAAAUAGCCUUUUAUAACUUCCACAUAGGAAACGUAAUAAAGGGAUACAAAUGAGAUGGAAAAUGGAAUAAAAUUAAAUAAAUUGACAUAAUUGUAUAUACAAUGUAUUAUUAAAAUAUAAAAGGUAUAAAAUAUAUUUUAAAAUACAUAAAUUGACAAUAUACAUUUGUGUACAUUUCAACUGGACGUAUAAAGUGUAUGUGCCGUGUAUGCACGUAUCUAUAAUUACAAUUUAUGUAUUUAUUUCUUACAUUUAUGACUUUUGUAUUCUACGAAACUCUCUUAAAAUGACUAUAAUCUUCCGAGAUAAAAAGUGUAAUGAUUAAAAUAUUAUUGGACGGAAUGUAGUAUUGCUAAUAUAAGUUUAAAAUAAAAUACUUAAAGUCUUUGUAAUC